AAUGCUCAGUCUACUGACAGGCGAGCCAGCAGACCGACAAGAAGUCAGGACAUAUUCUCAUAGCACUAACAGACGGUAACACCACCAGUGGGUCUCCUGAAGCCCACUUUGACUCUCCUGGGUGUGAUUGCUCCUGACUGCACAUUCAUCCUCGUCUGUUGCUGGCAGUGAAACCCUGCAGAUGCACUCAACCGCAGGCCUGCUUCUCAACCCUGCAUCUGUCUCAACACUUGCACUUAAGCUGUGGGAAGAGGACUCGCAUGUUUUAUUGACACAGCUACAGGUGGUUUGAAUUUUAGCCUCUGGUGGACUGGGAGGGUUUUUUCCCGCGUGGUGAGUUGCAGUGUCUUUGGAACCAGUAUGUUGUCUAUUGUUGUGGGAUGUUUGGUAUUCACCCUGCUGGGCUCAGGGCAGGCUCAAGUUGCUGUACAGACUGAGGGCCAGAGCCAGGGCCAGAGCCAGGGCCAGGGGCAGGUAAGCUCUGCCACUCCAUGGAGGCAGGUGAUUCAAUGGGAGAACAAUGGACGGGUGUUUAGCCUGCUUAACAGUGGAGCUGAAUAUGUCCCUGCUCGAGCAGGGUCCCAGGACAGAGCUCCCAGGGUGGUUGUGGCAGAUUCUCAUCUGCGCUCACCAGGUAGACCUCAGGGCGGCAAUGUCCGCCGACAGGCCCCUUCAAGAGGAUCCUCUGAGACUGUCCGUGGGCAGGCAAGACAUCCUUUUGGCUUUGGGCAAGUACCUGAUAAUUGGAGAUUAACUGCAGGCAGCACAGGUGGAAGCCAGUUCCAGGGAUCAUCUGCCACUCGCUUCAGGCCAUCCACAGGCUCUUCAUCCUCUUCAUCAUCAUCCUCAUCUUUCUCUUCAUCCUCUUAUAAUUUACCAUCCUACCCACAGUACCCACAGUUACCUCCACAGUCCCCCUUCCAACCAGUGCCUUAUGACCCUAGUUUUGUGGAGGGACCAGCCAGGAGCUAUGAGCCUCCCUUUCAACCUGUUGGCGGUGGAGGAUAUAAUGCUGGAGGUUACGGUGUUGGCCAGGUUUAUCCUGGAGGAGGGUAUGUAGGUGGUGCGGCCCCAGUGCUCCCUGGCUCUCCUUCCGAUUUUGCUGACGACAGCUACCGUUACUUCCAGUCUUACAGCUACGGGCCCAUUCCUGCUGUUCCUCCACGUGCAGCACAACCACCAUUCACAGAUGGUCUGGACCGCAGAUACACCCACAGUCUCUACAAUGAAGACUCUGCUCCUGCUGUCCCUCUCCCAAAUCCCAACCAGGCCACACCGAUGUUAGUGGACAGGACUGGACCGGCAGUGCAACCACAAAUCAGGAGCCCUCAAUAUGAGCAGUUUCCUCCAUUUGGAAGACCCCAACCGCCUUUCAUGCAACCCAUUCCUGCAGGAAGAAAUUCUCCAAACUCUGCCCUUGAGAACCCCAAUAUAAACGUUGGAAGUGUGUACCGGCAGGAACAGAUAGGUUUUCCUGACCUGGUUCCUGAUCCCAAUUAUGUCCAGGCCUCCACAUACAUACAGAGAGCGCACAUGUAUUCUCUCCGCUGUGCUGCGGAGGAAAAAUGUCUGUCAAGCUCUGCCUAUGGCCCUGAGACCACUGACUAUGAUGUAAGAGUCUUGCUGCGAUUCCCACAGAGGGUGAAGAACAAGGGCACUGCCGACUUCAUGCCGAACAGGCCACGUCAUACCUGGGAGUGGCAUAGCUGUCAUCAGCACUACCACAGUAUGGAUGAGUUCAGCCAUUAUGAUUUACUGGAGGCUAGCACUGGCCGUAAAGUGGCAGAGGGUCACAAGGCGAGCUUCUGUCUGGAGGACACCACCUGCGACUUUGGUCACCUGAAGCGCUACGCCUGCACCUCUCACACUCAGGGUCUGAGCCCGGGCUGCUACGAUACAUAUAAUGCUGAUAUCGACUGCCAGUGGAUCGAUAUCACAGACAUCAAACCUGGAAACUACAUACUGAAGCUCCAAGUUAAUCCCAAAUUCUUGGUAAAGGAAUCAGACUUCACCAACAAUGUGGUCAGGUGUAACAUUCACUAUACAGGACGGUUUGUUCGAACAACCAACUGCAAGAUAGCACAGUCUUGAACAGGCACUGGGAGGCUGCCACACUAGAGUGAUCCUGAUUGCUAUUCCAUUGAAAUGUGAAUGGAAUCCAUUUGUUGUUGGUUCAUUGUUGAUGUUGUUUAUCUCUACUCUUUUUUUUGCUGUUUUGGUAUCCUGGACCUGUGUUGAACAAGGGCUCCACUGGCACUGAGAAGAAUGUCGGUGGGGUGAGGGUUAUAAUAAUACAUAUUAUACAUCGAUAUCACAUAAUGAACCAACAGUUCAGAUCCCUGCAAUUGACAAACUAUACUGCAACCCUAUCAAUCAGGUUUGGACACACAUUGGGACAUAUUAUUGACUGUCAAAGACAGUUUUACUGUAUCUGCACACAUAAAUCGAUACGCACACCCCCCACACAGUGGCUUUCCUUGAAUUUUAAAUAAAGCAUAAAAUUGUGCUAAUGCUGAAAGGAGUGACUCCAAACAGGUCAGGGCUCAGACAAAAUCCCCCAAAAAACAAAAUUAGGAGACAAAGUCUUCUCAAGUGCAUUCAUCCAUGCAGUGUGGGGGCAGACAGAGAUACUCAGUGACUCAGAAGAACUAUAAUGUGUUAGCUUUGUGUUUUUGUCUCCACUGCCUCAGUGGGUGGGAUACUGUGAUUCUCUGGGCACAUGCUGUUUAAUGUUAUGUUAUCAGCAAGAAGAGGACAGCAGGUCCUAUUUUCAUUUUUCAGCUCCAUCAAAUUGUAAAGUCCGGAUAAAGACAGACUGUCAGUGCUGGGUGCUGCACCUUUGUGUCCCCAUUCAUCCUUUCUUAUUUCAGUAAAACAGGAACAGGAAGCUCAGCUGGCAGAAAAUGGUGCUUUCCAGAAAUCAAGACAGGCAGUAUGUUAACUCUGUGUUCACACUGUCCUGGAGUCUUUUCUUCAACUACCAACACUGGUCAGAUGGCACAUAUGUCAUCUAUACCUUUUGAAGAAUGUAUAUACAAAUAUUCCACACGUGCAUGACUUUAACGGUGGAGAUUAUUUGGUUGUAACUGUUUGUACUUUGUUUAUCCAUUCUGACCUGUUACUGUAAUUUGUGAAGUCUUUUAUAUUUUCUCGAUAAUCUGAAUUAUUCAAAGUGUAUGUGUUAUUGGAAGGAAAAAACACUACUGCUACAGACUUAUUAUUAACGCAGACUGCCAGAAAGUCGUCUACCUACCUCUCCAACCAAGUGAGCUGUUGAUUACUGUUAAGUGUUUAGUUUCCAUUGGAAAACCCUGCAUUGGCUGUUUAUGACAGCACACAGGAAACCUUCAACUCUAAUGCCUCUAUCAAAGUAUGCAUGAUCUUGGACAGCAGACAAAGACUUAUCUAUAUUACAAACAACCUAAAGUCAUAAUCCUUAAGAUUUUGGAUAUGGCUGUGGCACGUGACACAGGUGACACCUUCCGUUUAAUACUACAUUUCCCAGAAUUCUGUAAGCAGAGGAAAAACAGUGUUAUUUCAUGCUGCACAUGGUACAAGUAGCUCUCCAUUGAACAGACGGACACAGUAACAGGAGGAGUUGGAGUUGUAGUCAGUUGCCUGCAGCUCUUCAUGUAACACUUCACUGUCCAGGGGCCUCAUUUAUAACCGUUUCGUACGCACAAAACGGGGCCUGAAACUUGUGUAUGCUACUUCUCACGCAAAUGUUGGGAUUUAUAUAAACACACUUGACGGGAGAAUGUGUGCACUUCUAUGCUAACUCUGACUAAUGCGUACAAACAUUUUGGAGGCGGGUAAAUGAUGAUGCAGAGGUGAGGUGGUGAACUGAAGCCAGAUUAUUGAUCCACUUCAUCAUUAACAUAAAACCAACAUUUGCUUGUGCGACAAAACUGUUCCAUACAACCUUCAAUUAAAAAAGAUAUAAAACAACUUCCAGCAAAUUACAUCCAGAUACCAUUAAACAGCAGAGUCAUUAAUAGCUUUUAAUAUCUUCUAACACUGUGCAUGUAUCAUUAAGGACGAGUGUUUGUAUAAUCGCCGCAGUGAACGUGACUGUGCCAUCAUUGCAGAGCGCACUGGAGAUCACUCACAAAAAUAAAGAAAAAUUAUUCAUUUUCAAACUUCUAUUUCCAAAUAAUAUCCCAGAGGGGAGGUUAGGAUCCACUGAUGUGUGAAGUAAUCGGUCCGAUUGCUCUGAAUAUAUAAAUACUGUGGUGACACCCGUGUGUAAUGCUGCUUGAUGGAUGCACACGAAUAGAAAGAUGAGGAGGAAACGAGGGUUCAGCGAUCACAUAUAUUUUUUGUCCCAUGAUGAUGAUUCAUCAGCUGAUAUAGAUUCUAUAGGUCUGUGGCCCCUGGUCUUUUCUUAUGCAUUACUUUCUGCAAUAUUUAAAACUGAGGAAAUGCAUGUGAAUAUUCAGUAUCCGUUUUGAGGGAAGAUAGUGGGGCUGGAAGUCUUUUGGUUUCCGUGUAUAAUUUGACUAAUGACGUUUGAGCAGGCUUUGGUUGUCCGGAGUUGGAGAGCUAAAAAGGUGGAACACAUUGACUGUAAAGCAUUGACAAUUGUUUUUUUAAUCAAUCUGCAUUCAAAUUCAGCUAGCUGUUAAUAGAGAUUAGCCAAAAUGUCACCUGGACCUAAAACACCUACAGAAAGUAUCACUGUUUGUGUUUUGUGUGGAGAAAAGUUUGACUUAGGAAGAAAGGUGUUCUUCCUCUACCAAUUAUAGCAAAAUGUGAUUUGUGAACAUGAAAAUCUUAAGGAUUAUUGCUUUCAGAUCUAUGAAUGUGAUUCCUAAAGCAAUAUUUCCAAGCAAUAAUCUGGAUCAAACAAUGAAAAACCACCAAAAUGUGGUUUUAAGUUUUUCAUUCUGCACAUUCUGAUUUUCUUUUUGACAAAGGUAUUCUUUUUUAUUAUGUAGAAUAGGCCAAUUGCACCUAGUACAUAUUUCCGUCAUGUUGUACUGUAAAAAAGUCAGUUGUUUAAUUUGAUCCACUCUGGUAGCUCAUGAUUAAACUGUACAUUUGCUGAGAAAGAUGCAUCAACAUGUGACUCUGACAUCAAGUGGAACAACAACACAAACGUAGGUGACAGUUAAGCAGCAUCCUUGACAUGCAGUGAUGAAAUUUGUAUUCAACACCUGUCAAAAUGUCAUAUAGCCUACAAUAAAUGCA